CCUAUAUAAACAUCGAGAGAGCCAGAAAGCGAGCGAUGAUACUCGGCCAUUUCUCUCCUUUCUUCCCUUCUCAUAGCUUCUCAAAACUCUCCACAGCUUUCGUUUCCUUCUUCUCCCUCUACCCUCUCUCCUCAAAACCCUCGCAUCUAUUCCUUCUUUCUCGCCGGAAAACUCCAUCAUCUCCGUCCACCCGCUGGAAUCCACCAUUUUUUCCGGUCGAUCGCCGGAAUCCUCCCUUCAUUUCCUGUCCUUCCGUCGCAUGCAACGCUGUGGAGGGACCUUCUAGCCUCGCCUCGUCGGGUAUUUCUCCGAACGACUGGAAUCCAACGAUGGAGCCAUCAUCGGCAGCUGCUGAUGGAAGGGAUCCAAACGUCGGCGAAGGAAGAGUUCGAUUGAAGCUCGAGGAUCUGAAUUGGGAUCAUUCAUUCGUGCGGGAGUUGCCAGGUGAUCCGAGGACAGAUCCAAUUCCACGAGAGGUGCUACAUGCUUGUUACACAAAAGUAUCCCCCUCGGCUGAAGUGGAAAACCCAGAACUUGUGGCUUGGUCAGAGUCAGUUGCUGAGUUGCUCGAUUUGGAUCCUAAAGAGUUUGAAAGACCAGAUUUCCCACUCAUAUUCUCUGGGGCAGCUCCUUUGGUGGGAGGGUUGCCAUAUGCACAGUGCUAUGGAGGACAUCAAUUUGGCACGUGGGCUGGUCAGCUGGGGGAUGGGCGUGCCAUAACCCUCGGGGAGUUUCUGAAUAGUCGAGGUGAAAGAUGGGAAUUGCAGCUUAAAGGUGCUGGGAAGACUCCUUAUAGUCGAUUUGCUGAUGGUCUUGCAGUUCUACGGAGCAGCAUUCGAGAAUUCCUCUGCAGCGAAGCAAUGCACAGCUUGGGAAUCCCAACAACCCGUGCCCUUUGUCUUGUUACAACAGGCAAAGGUGUCACCCGUGACAUGUUUUAUGAUGGUAACGCAAAGGAAGAACCCGGGGCAAUUGUUUGCCGCGUUGCUCAAUCCUUUCUGCGCUUUGGUUCAUUCCAAAUACAUGCUUCUAGAGAAAAAGAGGACCUUGACAUUGUUCGUGUUUUGGUGGACUAUACCAUCCAACAUCAUUUCCCUCACCUUGAAAAUAUGCGCAAGAGUGACAGCUUAUCUUUCAAGGCGGAAGGUCAGGAGGGCUCUUCUGCAGUGGAUUUGACGUCCAACAAGUAUGCAGCUUGGUGUGUUGAGGUUGCCGAGCGCACUGCUUCCUUGGCUGCAAAAUGGCAAGGCGUUGGGUUCACUCACGGUGUUCUAAACACGGAUAACAUGAGUAUUUUAGGUCUCACCAUUGACUAUGGUCCAUUUGGAUUUUUGGACGCUUUUGAUCCAAGUUACACACCGAAUACCACGGACCUUCCAGGGAGAAGGUACUGUUUUGCAAACCAGCCAGAUAUCGGCCUAUGGAAUAUCGCACAGUUUGCCACAACUUUAUCAGCUGCUGAACUGAUCAACAAGGAGGAAUCAAACUAUGCUAUGGAAAGAUAUGGGACUAAAUUCAUGGAUGAGUAUCAGUCUAUAAUGACAAAAAAACUUGGACUGCCAAAGUAUAACAAACAACUGAUCAGUAAGCUUCUCAACAACAUGGCUGUUGACAAAGUCGAUUAUACAAACUUCUUCCGGUUGCUUUCCAAUAUUAAAGCAGACCCUAGCAUUGCGGAAGAUGAGCUACUUGUUCCACUUAAGGCUGUUUUGCUAGAUAUGGGGAAGGAGCGGAAAGAAGCAUGGAUUAGCUGGGUGCAGACCUACAUACAAGAGCUGGCCUCUAGCGGCAUUUCGGAUGAACAAAGAAAGGUGGCAAUGGAUUCUGUGAACCCAAAGUUUAUUCUUCGAAACUAUCUAUGUCAAAGUGCCAUUGAUGCUGCUGAACAAGGUGAUUAUGGAGAGGUACGCAGGCUACUCAAAGUUAUGGAGCGGCCAUACAAUGAACAGCCAGGCAUGGAGAAGUAUGCACGCCUGCCACCGGCAUGGGCUUAUCGGCCAGGUGUCUGCAUGCUGUCUUGCUCUUCUUGAGGUUUGUUUAAUCUUACCACAAUUUAAGAAUGUAAGUUUUGAUUGUAAAUAACGGUUAAAGUAAGUUUUUUCUCCCACACGGUUAACUGCAAAGGAAGAUACGCUGCUUUGUUUCAUGAAGUAAAAGAGGAAUCUUGGAGCUGGUUUCAUGCA